AUGGCGAAAUUAAUUAAGUUAAUCACAAUACUAAUCGUGUUAGUGUCAUCACUGCAGUACUACUGUCAAUCCAAUAGCGGAAACAUAUCAUGCGAACGCACUCAAGCGGUUUGUCACUACACGAACCCCAGAGCCUGGAACGCGUAUUUGUCAGGAGCAUCUGAAUUUUAUAAUGAUAUGAUUAGUCCUAGAUUCGGUGUGGUGGCACAUAAGUAUGACACGGCUGUCAAGCCUAUCAUCGAUGCCGUGGUGAUAAAAGUCAACAAAGUGGCCAUACAGCCUGCCUUCAAGGUCAUCCAUUCGCAGUGCAAGAGAUGGCAUUGUGGCAAGUAUUAUCAACUGGCUCGCUCCCAAGCAGUCAGAGCCAGGCGGUUCUGUUUGAUCAAGUAUAACGCAUUUGUGAAACCUAGCGUUGACAAAUACUUCGAUGCGAAAUUUCGUUCUCAAUUGAGAGCAACGGCUCUAAAAUAUAAGAACAUAGCCCACUACUACUGUACUGUCAUUUCGAGAUGUAUCAAAUCUAGAUACGACUCUAUUGUCGGUAACACAGAGGAAAAACUAAUGGGUGCGUUCAAGAGCAAAGAUACGCAUGGCAUCCAUGGUUCCACUACCCAAGAGCCUUCCACUGAAGAUAGCAUUUUAACUAUGGAAACUAAGGGAUUCGAAGAAGAACAAAUAACUACAACAAGCACUCAAACGGUGGUGGAAACUAUAACUUUGGACCAAGAACAAGACAGUGAAAUAGCUAGCCUUACACACGAAGAUGAGGCUUCUACAGAGAUCGAGGGCUCCACAGAUGUUAAUGUCAAUGAACAGGCUCUUUUGCAGGAGGAUUUCGACGUGUGGGGUGAAACCAUAUCGCAAAAGACACAAGACGUGAUCCGGCUGUUCGAAAAGGAUGUUUCUAAGUACAUCAGUGGUAAAUUAGGCGAAGAGACCAAGCAGUUCAAGCUCAAGUUCCAAUCUUUGGAUGAAGAAUCCAGGGAAUUUUUUUCCAAGAUUUCACUGGCCAUCGACGAUAUCGAUUGUAUGGAAGGCAUAGAUAGCGAAACUGGCAAGAAAAUUUUCUUUGAUAAGUCCGGUUCUACCCAGAUCUCUCAAUACAUCAGUAGAAAGUUGGUUCGUGAGUAUUUCAAUGAAACGCGAACCACAUUGGAUAGACUGACACAUGCCAUAGAAGAGGAUUUGAGCCAAAUCACCAAAGAAAUCGAGAAGAAAGUCAAUGCGAUUAGGGAAGAAAACGUCGAGGUCUUUGAAGAAUGGGGGGAUAUUAUUGUGAAUGAGUGGUCCAAAAGAAUGGCUUAUGUGGAUGUUAUAAACGCUCACAUGGGUGCGGGAGAUGAUACCACUCUUGAAGAAGAAGAAGCCAAGUCUUCUGUAAAUUGGAAGAAGUUUUUAAAGGGCAAGAAACAGAUCAUUGAGUCCAGAGACAAAUUGGCCCACCACGCUGCCGACUUAUCCCGUGUUAAUGAAUUCAGGCAAAAAGUACAAAAGAAGAUUCUAUCGUUCACCCAAGAAAGUGGCGAGUUUCUAUAUAUUUUGAGAUCAAAGGCCAAUUUGCAGUUUCAAGAACGUGAAAGAAAGGAACGUGAAAAGAUUGCUGCAGAACAGUUUCAAAGGGAACAAGAAUUAUUGCAACAGCAAGAGAAAGAAGGGGGAGAAGUUGACGAUAUAUCCUACACAUCUACUUCAACCAUCACCACCACCACUACCAUGACAUUGUGA